AAAUAAUAUUCCAAAAAUAUAUAUCUUAUAUAUUAAAACAGAAGUCACAACCUUGAUUCAUGUGUGUUUUUAAAAAAAAAUAGAUCUAAUGAACAUAUUCCUAGAUCUCUAACUAGGAUUAUAUUUUCAUUCUACAGAGGGCGCAGAUUGACAGGUGAACGUAAGCUUCUCAUAAUCAUAAUUAACUUUUAAAUGGCUAAAUCAUGAUAUAAAAUCGAGCUGACAUAGUUUCAUUGUAACCAAAUAGUAGGCCUGAGAUUCUUCGGCCUAAACGUUAAGUCCUUAUACGAUAAGUGACUUUUUGACCUAAAAUAUUUUUAAAAGUGGGAUUAGCUUAUUUGUAAACAAAUUAUGUAAUUAACAAAAAAAUUGUUAAAAAUGGUUCAAGGGUCAAAAAUAUUAAUUCGAUCAAGAAUAUAAAUUUUAUUUUCCCAUACGAUAUUUCUUAAAUAAUUUUCAUAUAAAUUCACCAUGCGUAAGGCGCAUGUCUUAUCUUAGUAUAAGCUAUUAUUGGUCACCAUGGCUUAAUCGCUGAAAAGAUUGGGGUUGGUUCGUUUCUCCAUCCAGAUGAGUCAUCUGGAUGGAGAUGGGAAUUUUGUUCGCUUAGACAUAAAAAGUACAAGUCAUUUGGAUGGCUCAUUUGGAUGAAUUUAAAAAUUUAGGCUUAAUUUUGAAAAUGAGCUGGCUGAUUCAAAUUGGACCAUCUGGAUCAAGAUGGUUCUCUCAAAAUGGUAUAGUGUCUAUUAUACCCCUAUAUAAUUUACAAAUUACAAACUUAAACCUAAUAUAAUUUUGUUACUCAUGAAAAAUGACAAAACCACAAAACACAUUUUCCCACAAAAAUCACAAAACGUUUUUUUUGUCAAAACCACAAAACGCAAUUUUUCCGCCGAAGUUGCAUUUUUCGUCAAAAACGCACUUUCCCGCUGAAACACAUUUUCUCGUCGAAACCACAAAAAUGCACUUUCACAUCAAAACACAUUUUUUCAUCAAGACUGUCAAAAAGCACUUUUCCGCCAAAAUCGCAUAACACACUUUCCCGUAAAAACGUGUUUUCUCGCAAAAGCCGCAGUAAUGCGCUUUUCCGUCAAAACCACAAAAAUGUGUUUUCCCAUCAGAUUUGUAAAAACGUCUUUUUUGCCAAAACUGCAAAAACUUGUUUUCCCGCCAAAACCAUAAAAACGAGUUUCCCACCAAAACCAAAAACACAUUUUUCCGCCAACAAAAAAAAACGUGUUUUCCUGCCAAAACGGCUUUUCCCGCAAAAAGUGUUUUCUCGCCAAGACCGCAAAAACGCAUUUUCCACCAAAAUGUGUUUUCUUGCAAAAUGCGUUUUCCCGCCCAAAACGAAUAACAGAUUUUUCGCCAAAACCUCAAAAAUGUGUUUUUCGCCAAAACCGCAAAAACGCGUUUUCUCACCAAAACCGCAAGACUCGUUUUACCGCCAAAUCCGCCAAAACGCAUUUUUCCACCAAAACCGCAAAAAGUGUUCCCGCCAAAACCGAAAACAUAAAACUGCCAAAAUGCUAAUUUAAAAAUAAGUUCAGUAUAAAAAUAUUUUAGACUAAAUAAUAAAAAUUAGUAUAGCUAAAAUUAAUAAAAAGUAUGAUUAAAUCAAAACAAUGGUAUUUUGUAAUUUGUUUAUUAAACUCAUCUAGAUGGAAAUAAAAAUAAAGAAACGAACAUAAAUUCAUCGAAAUGGCUCAUUUGGAUGGAGAAACUAACAACCUCUUAAAAUCUGGAUGAAUCACAUAGAUGAAACAGUUGAAUGGAGAUGAUAGAUGAAGAAACGAACAGCCCCUAAGCUGUGGAAAAAUUAAACUGGAGAAAAAUUAAGCUGCAUUUUUUAUAAAAUUGACUGAAUGACGGAAUACAUGUUGGAUAGAUCAGAAUAUUUGAUAUGUUAUUCAUUUUGUUAUAAGAAAAACAAAUAUCUACAAACUAAUUAUUACAAAAUGUAAAAAAACUAAAUUUAUUAACAAUAUAUUAGUUCUUAUUAUAAAUAUUUUACUUAUCUUUCAAUAUGUUUUAGUAAUAGAAUGAUAUUUUAUAAUAUUAUAAGACAAUUUAUAGUAUAACUUUAUUUACAACAUAACUAUUUAUCAUUAAAAAAAUUAUUGCUAUUAAUUUAAAAUUUGAAAAUAGUAUUGGCAUAUAAUUUAAUAAUAUAAAAGUGUUGAUUUUGUAAAUAUGUUUUCACUUUGUUAUAAUAAAAUCAAAUAUCAAGAAUUAAACUAAUUAUUACAAAAUGUAAUAAUCAACAUUUACUGUAAAUUAGAAUUAAAUAUUAUUUUCUAAAUUAAAAUUUUCAUAAUUCAAUAAAUCUAAAUUUUAAAAAAACUCACAUAGAAAGAUAUAAACUUACAAAUAAAAAAAAUCAAACUUUUAAUUUAAGCAUAUUCAGUUUAGUUGGAAAAUAUAUGGGAGUAAAUCUAGAUUUUGAAAAUAUUAUAGAUGGCAUAUUUUGUGCCAAAAUUUGAACAUCUGUUUAUAUUUUAAACAUAUAUUUUUUAAAAUAAAUUCAAGCAAAUGUAAUAUUUUGAAAAUAAAUCGGAGCAACUCUAGAUUGAGAUCUUUAUUAUUAAAAUUUUAAUAUUGCUUUAACAAGGUUUAUAGCAACUUAACAAAUAUGCUUUCAGAAUAUCCCUCCAAAUGCUCACUAUUUACUAAAUAUUUCCAGUAUAUAAAAAUAUAUUUUACAUUGUAAUAUGGCCAUUGUAUUGAUUUAUAUUUUAUCAUUGAAAAAGUAUUUACAAAAUUCAUAGUUAUAACAUUAAAAUACUUAGAAUAUUCUGUAAUUAUUAUAUGAAUAUUUACAACGGUUUUAAUAUGAUAAUACACUUCAUAUUUUUUAUAUAAAAUAUAUCAUUAAAUUUUCUAACUCACUUAUUUAUCAAAUAUAAAAUUGGUUGUACGAAAUAUGCGAAAACAGAAAUCGAACCAAGCCGAAUUGAACUCAUAAUUUUAUCGGGUUCUAAACAUUGCUAUAUGAACCAAACCAAAAACCAAAACUAAACUCAAAUUGAUAAAUAGUUGAACCGUUUUCUUGAACCAAAAAACUGAAAACCAUAACUGAACUGGAAUCAAAUCAAUACAAAACAAAAAAAAACUGGAGCCGAGCCAAAAACCGAUAGCCUGAGUAAACGGAAGAGUUCAUAAAUUUACCAAUAAAAUAUGAAAUCUAGUAAUGUUGUUUAAACCACUAAUGGACCUUCUAUAGAAUAAAAUCUAGAUAUUUUACAAAUGUUGAGUGUGAAAAGAAAAUAAUGUAUUUUUUGUAUUGACUAGCAAAUAUUUUGACUCACAACGUUCAGUUAGGAAAUUAAUUAAUGAUAUAUUGAAUAGUAUCUUUAAAUUAAGGUUUAUCUAAGCUUUCAUUUCAAUAAACAAACAAAAUAUUACUACAUUGUUUUUUAUUGUAGCACCAAAGAAAGCAAAUUAUGGCAACUAAUUUAAUCUAUUAGAUAUUUUUUGGUUAUAAAUAGGUUUAACAUUGACAUGCAAAUACAUCAACAACAACAACAAAAAAUCAAAGAAAAAACAAUAGAAUGACUAAGUUCAUUACAGUCUUGAUUGUAUUCAGCUUUUUGUUUGCUACUCAGUUUUCCAAUGCAAAUGAAUUAGAAUAUUCAUCAGAGUCUAUCCACACGGAAGGAGGAGAGGGUUCUGUAAAAAUUGGAGAUUGUCCGGCGGCAUGUGAUGUUCGAUGUUCAGCGACAUCCCACAAGAGUGCUUGUUUGAUGUAUUGCAACCAAUGUUGUAAGAAAUGUUUGUGUGUACCAUCAGGAACAUACGGAAAUAAACAAGAAUGUCCUUGUUAUAACAACUGGAAGACCCAAGAAGGUGGACCAAAAUGUCCAUAAUUGUCAAAAUAUAAAAAGAGAAAACAAUUUUAUAUCAAUAUAUGUAAAUUUUAUGGUUAUUAUUACUUAUGAAAUAAAUUGAAAGUUUUAUUUAACUAUAGUGAAAAUCUAUUACAAAAACUAUUUAACUGAAAAGACGAAAAUAUAAUUAAAUAUUAAGCAAAUAAUGUUUUGAGAAAAUCUAAGAGAAAGUGUAUAAACUAUUGAAGCAUACACAAAAAGGCCCAACAUAAAACUCAUGACAUAACCAAAAGUCAUAUUAAAUGAUACUAAAUGAAUUAAUUUUGGGAGUACACCUUUGGAAAAUGGGGUACCUCAAGUUUUGGUGUCAUUUUCACAAAUUCUUUUAAUAGUAAAAUUUAAUUUAAUUUACUUUUACUUAAUCUCACAUACUCUUAAUGAAUUAAUAGAAUUCAUUUUUGCCCCUAUGUUAUAUCCUUCAAAUUCAAAUUUCAAAUUUUAGAUCUCAUUAGUCGAGAUAUAACUUGGUAUAACUAGAGUUUUAGUCAUACCAAGUUACACUCCCGUGAUGAUAGAAGGUGGCAAAAUUAUUUUCUGGGUUGUAGUUCUACUUUUGUGUUUUUCAUAUUUUUUUGUAACCGCAUAAAUUUGUACAUUGAAAAAGGAUGAACAUAUAGACAAAGAACAAGAGAAUUGGAUGAAGUAUGAGCAGGACGAAGAACAAGAAAAUCUGAUGAAGAAGGAGGAGCAAAUCAAAGGAAGCGGAUGAACAGAUAGAAGAAUAACAAGAUAAUACAAUAAGAAGAAAAGAACACUAAAGCUAUCAAACUUAAGAAAACAAGAUUUGUACGUCACAAUAUUUGAAUCCACAAAACGUAAAUAUAAACUAUCAUUACGUACAGGUUAUGUUCUAUUUUUUUUAUCAGUUAUGCUAUUACAAACUACGAGAAAUAUUACAUAGACGAUAUUAAAACUGAAAAAUCUACUUGUCUUAUGAGGAUUUAGGUCUGACUGCAUCACUCCGAAGCCGCCGUAUGAGAUCCAUUUCUGAUGGUACUCUUUGCGCCAUGCUGAAGAUCUCUGGUAAGUCUUUUCUCGAUUAUUCUACGUCUUUGCUGGGAAUCGAAACUCAAACCUCAUGGUGUACAAGUUAUAUUCUCUAUGAACUUAACUAUUUUAUGAAAAAACUCGAUCAACACAUCAAUAUAAAUAUACAAUUAAACCGUAAUUUGCUAAAUCUUAUAUUUCCAAUACACAUAUCAUAAAAUUAUUACUUAAAUUUAUUUUAUUCAUAACUAUAUGUCUUAUAAUAUAAUUGGCACCAUAUGCCAGAAAAUCAUUUUGAUCCCACAUACAAAUCAACAUUUACUAUGAAUCAUAAUUUAUAUUCCUCCUAUUUUUGAUUGUGUAGUACUGAGCUAUAUAGUAUAUGUAAAUUAGAAUUAAAUAUUAUUUUCUAAAUUAUAUUUUUCAUAAUUAAAUAAAUCUAAAUUUCAAAAUCUUUUCAUAUAGAAAGAUAUAAACUAACAAAAAAAAAUUCAAAUUUUAAUUUAAGCAUAUUCAGUUUAGUUGGAAAAUAUAUGGGAGCAAAUCUAGAUUUUGAAAAUAUUAUAUAUGGCAGAUUUUGUUCCAAAAUUUAAAUAUCUGUUUAUAUU